AUGGCCAAAUCAGAAACAUCUCUCACAAGAAAAGAGAUGUUGCUUCAAGCACUCCUUAAAACAGCGAUAAAAGACAAAAUGGAGCAUGCCGACUUGGUGUCGGAGAUGUCACAGGUGGAACACCUUACAACUCAGGAAAGGCUCCAUUUAGCCCGGAGACGUCGCAUGCAACAGCUGAAACUAUGGCAGCAACGCGAGAAAGAAUGGGCGAGAUCAAGGGCGAAAAGGGAGAAGAGCAACAAGCGGAGCAUAUACUUUAGUGAUAGCGUUAUGUUGCUGGAAGCAGCAGCUAGAAACGAUAUAGAUGAAGUUCGGCGAUUACUAUCCCGAGGCGUCACACCAGACGCUACGAACGAAGAUGGUCUUACGGCGCUACACCAGUGCUGUAUCGACAACAAUGAAGCCAUGAUGCGACUUCUUCUCGACCACGGGGCGAACGUUAACGCUGAGGAUAGUGAGAAAUGGACACCAUUACAUGCCGCAGCUACCUGUGGAAACCUUAACUUAGUUCGAAUAUUAAUACAAAGAGGAGCUAAUUUACUCGCCGUCAAUGGAGACGGUAAUAUGCCCUACGAUAUAUGCGAAGAAGAAAGAACUUUGGAUGCGAUAGAAAGUGAAAUGGCAGCUAGAGGUGUUACGCAAAGGUUAAUUGAUGAUACUAGGGCGUCGACUGAAAUGAAAAUGUUGAGAGAUGUCGCAGAGUUAGUUAACGAGAGGAUGGAUUUGGAUGAACCUAGAGACAAUCAGGGAGCUACACUUUUACACAUAGCAUCAGCGAAUGGCUACAUCAAAGUGGUGGAGUAUUUGUUAGAACACCGCGCCUCGACUGAUGUUGUAGACCAUGACAUGUGGCAACCAGUACAUGCGGCAGCUUGUUGGGGACACCUAGAGGUGCUGGAGUUAUUAGUACAAUAUGGAGCUGAUCUCAAUGUAAGGAACAAGCAUGACGAGAGGCCAGCAGACAUUUGCGAGGAGGGCGAGGUGCGCGCGCGCAUCCUGCGGCUGGCGGCCGACCAGGAGGAGUUGCGCAAGCACGCCGCCGCCGACCGCCUGCGGACCGCGCGUCGUUCCUCAUCCACGGCUAGCACUAGCAGGGUGAGGUCGGUCCGACGCACCUCCCUGCGUGAGAAGCAGUUGACAGCGAAGGCGGACGUGCGAGGCGAGGCCAGGCUACGGGAGACCUUCGACUCGACUGUCGAUGAUGAUAUGCAGGGACUAUCAAAUGGCGUUGAAAAUGAUCAAAACACCGCAAACCUGCCACCGGAGUUAUCACAUAAACGGCUAUCGAAUACCUCCACAACGUCCAAUCAGAGUUACGAUUCAAAUGUAGAAUACGCGGUGCCCAAACACUCAUUCAACCAACGGGGAGGGAGCUCUUUACGAACGAGCGACCUAAGUGAUAACUCUGAUAUCGCACCAUUCGGUCAACAGAAGAUCACGAACCCCCUAUUCGGAGUUAACGCCGCGUCGCACUACGCACCCGGUGCAAUAGCUGCCUCGAAGCAUGAGGCUGUUAACGACCAAACCAAUCAUUACGAAAGAACAAACAUGCCGAACGGCGUCAGGAAAGCGCCUGAAGGUCAGGACAAUGACGUCAUCAAAAACGAGGACGCCCUAGACGGUAGGAAUGAGGUGAUCGUGAACCCCAACCAAAUCGCGAUCACUGAGGGCGGCACCGCGACCUACACUACAGACAAUAAUGGUAAAAUCAAUGUUCAUGUCACCGUCAUGAUUAACGCAGGCACACUGGCUGAUUUGAAGAAGCAACGAGCUCAGAUCAGGACCAACGGCAGCCCGGUUGAAAGCAGUCUUACAUCGACGAACAACCACAGCUUGAACUCGCUGUCUGAAGUGUCCAAACAAGACAUGCCGGUCCAGUUGAAUCCGUUGACGCUGUCCCCCAGCGCCGGCACAGUGCCCAGGUUCUCCGGCAACACCAGUGAUGUAGUCAGUGAUUCAAGGUCACACAGGUGCUGUAUUAUCAUGUAG